AGAUGAUGAUAUGGAAUUUGCCUCUUAAUCUGUUAAUUUCUUCUGAGGACAAGAGAAUUCCUCCCUUCUCACUGUGGGGGGGUAGAGGCAAGGGGUAAAGAAAUGCUAAAGCUUUAGAACUCAUCCAUUAGUUACAAACUGGAAACUCUGUUCAUCCUUCCUGCCUACUAACAGUGUACUUUGGGUUUGGUACCACUGUUUUUCUAUCAGCCAACACCAGGGGAGCUGAGGAUGUGAGCUCCUCUUGGUCCAGCAACCUUCUGGUUGCAGCUGGUUGUGUCCUCCAAGCCAUCAGAUUAGAAUGCAGUUUUCUCUUUUCAACUCAGAUGAUGUGAAGGCACUUUCUAGGUAAAAGAGUCAAACUGUAUCGUCUGGGCAGGAGUGUGGCUUAGGAUGCCGGCAUCCCAGAAGUGCCUGAGUUCAAGUCCUGGUUCCGCUUCUGUCUCUCCCUUCCUGCUAAUGUGCAUCCUGGGAGGCAACAGUGAGGCUCAAGUAAUUGAGUUCCUGCCAGCCACAUGAGACACCUGGAUUGAGUUUUAGCUCCUGAUUGUGAGCUGCCUCAUCCCCAGCUGUUGUGGGGCAUGAUGGGGCAUGAACCAGCAGACGGAAGAUAGCUGUUUUCUCUCCUGCCUUUCAGAUAGCAUGAAAUUGUAGAUUUAAGAACUAAUAUCCGAAUCAGUGGUUCUUAAACUUGAGAAACUGCAAGUCCAUUAACUUUUGUUUUGUUUGAAAGAGAGACAGACCCUGAUCACUGAUUCAUCCCCCAAAUACCACAAAGACUUGGGCUGGAGCUGGGAGCAAGAACUGUUUCUGUCUCUCAUGUGGGUGGCAGGGACCCAACCACUUGAGUCAUCAACGGCUGCUUCCCAGGGUCUGGUAACAGCUGGGACCAGGAGCAGAGCUGGUACUGCAACAUGGGAUACGGCGUCUUGAGCAGCAUCGUAGUUGCUAUGCCAGAAUCCUACCACCAUUAACUGUUUUUUCAUGAAACUUCAGUGUUAGAAGAGUGUUACUGAAAUGUGUACAAACAAAACUGUGUUUUACAGCUUCCGCAGAACUGUGUAACUUACUGUGAUCAGUGACUAGCUGAUUCCACUCAUGCUGUGAGUGGUGGUAGGAUUGCUGUGGCAGUGGGAUCCAUGUCAGGGACGCCUGUAGCACUGUACACUGAUGGUCCACAGGUCUCCUGCCUUCACUUUAUCCAGACAGCUGCAGGACCACUGUGCCUGCCCUGUGUUGCCCUGUGUUUGGCCUCCCUGGGACUGGAUCAUAUGAAGUCUUCUCUGUUUUUUAGCUUGUGAUACCAGGAAUCACUGCAGUGAAGGCUGAAGCACUUUUUCAUUAGAAGGUGAUAAUGCAUCUUGAUUUGUAAGAUUAUUAAAGAAACAGCAUGUUUUAACAUUGUCAGAACUCAGACCAAUAGCUUGAGGAAUAGUCCUGAUGGUUAAGAAUUCGAGCCCCCAUGAGGGCCCAGCUCUGGUAGCUGUGCUUGAGACCAUGAGCCAGCCACUCAGUUUCCUGUCUUCUUCCUCAUCUCUGAACGUGGACCACAGUAACCUCCUUCAUGGGUCUGUUGGGACCAGGAAGAUGCAAGCACCUCUCAGCUCAGUGCUUGCCACGGAGUCAGUGGAUGCUGAAGUCCUGAAUGGAAGAAGAGGUCUGAACAACUUAAGUCUCUGGGUGGCUCUGCAUAGCUUUAGAUAAUAUACCAGGUAGAAGAUAAAAGAACAAGGCAUGUUGGUGAGGGGUUGGCCACUGUCUUUGUUACUCUUCAUUUAAAGGUUGCAUGCUGUACCCCCUUUUUUUUUUUUUAUUUAUUGAUUUAUUUGAAAGAGUUACACAGAGGAGAGGCAGAGAGAGACAGGGAGGUCCUCCAUUUACUGGUUCAUUCCCCAGCUGGCCGCAACAGCUGGAGCUGCGCUGAUCUGAAGCCAGGAGCCAGGAGCUUCUUCCAGGUCUCCCACAUGGACGCAGGGGCCCAAGGACUUGGACCAUCUUCUACUGCUAUCCCAGGCCACAGCAGAGAGCUGGAUCGGAAGAGGAGCAGCCGGGACUAGAACCGGCGCCCAAAUGGGAUUUUGGCACUUCAGGCCAGGGUUUUAACCUGCUGUGCCACAGUGCCGGCCCGUGCUGUACCUUCUGUAAUAUGUAGCAUUGAGCAAUCUGGGGUUUCUCUGUCUUGUUUGGAAAGAGCAGGUAGCACCUAGCAAUUCAACAUAAGAAAAAAAAUCUCCCCACCUGGCUUUUGUCUAUUUAGGUGUAUAUUCAGGUGAUUAUAAAUAAACUUUGCUAAUAUUUUAUUCCUAAGAAGCAUGAACUGAAAAUGAUAGCCCACCCCCCCCCCAAAAAAAAAAAAUGUUAGCCCAAAGAGUAGACAAGAACCUCUCCUGAGGCAUACUCUGUGGAGCCCCUAUUUAGGUUUGAUAAGCAAGCCACUGCGUUUUGGAGGUGAAAGCAAAAACUGUGAGACGAGAGUGGACGUGUCAUGGCAGUUCUAUUACUGGAUGUUUGUGCAAGGCCCUGAAGUUGGCCUAACUUGAAUUGUGGGGUUAAUGAUUACCCCAGCAGUCGUCUAAACCACUUUGGUUCCACUGGGCUGCAAGCAGCACCUGCAGAGUCUACAGGAAGCAGCAUGUCCCCUUUGCUCUUUGGGGCUGGGUUGGUGAUUCUGCAUCUAGUGAUUCCUAUUAGGAACCAGAAGACACAACUCCUACCUGGCCAGCCGCUCUUGCGUGCAGCUGAUCGACAUGACUUUGCCAUCAUGAUCCCUCCGGGAGGCACAGAAUGCUUUUGGCAAUUUGCCCAACAGGCUGGAUACUUCUAUUUCAGUUAUGAGGUUCAGCGGACACUGGGGAUGUCACAUGACCGGCACGUUGCUGCCACGGCACACACCCCGCAGGGUGUCCUCUUAGACACUUCCCAGGAUGUUCGGGGACAGAUUAACUUCCCUACCAAAGAGACAGGUUUUUACCAGCUUUGUCUAAGUAAUCAGCAAAAUCACUUUGGUUCUGUGCAAGUGUACCUCAAUUUUGGAAUUUUCUAUGAGGGGCCUGAGACGGACCAUAAACAGCAGGACAGGAAGCAACUGAACGACACUCUGGAUGCAAUUGAGGAGAGCACACAAAGGGUGCAGAACAACAUCUUCCACAUGUGGCGAUUCUACAACUUCGCCCGGAUGAGGAAAAUGGGUGACUUCUUCCUUCUCCAAUCAAAUUACAACUAUGUGAACUGGUGGUCGGCAGCACAGAGCCUUGUCAUUGUUCUUUCCGGGGUAUUGCAGCUUCAUUUCUUGAAGCGGCUCUUCGACGUCCCCACCAUCAGAGACACGAAGAAGCCAAGAUGCUGAGCCAGGCUGAGGACAGCACCCUGACCCUUUUCUUCUGGGGCAGGACCUCUGUCCACGCUCUGGUCCAGUCAGCUCUGUAAAGCUACUGGAGGGAAAAGAUCAAACUGUCCUAGUAUACUGUGCUCACUUACAAAGGCAGAAUGGCAAUAAAACAGUGGCAAGGAAAACA